CAGCGCGAUCGUGCGUUCCCCAGGCCGCCGGGACCUUGUCGCAGGCACCGGGGCGGCAGGUGGGCGAAGGCGGCUGCGCAGGAGAGCGAGAUUUCAACAAGAAGAACUUAGGAUUCCUGGGAUUCCCACAUCAAAGAAAAGCCACAAGCUUUCAGAAAGAGUUUUCCUUUGACGAUAAAGAAGAACCUGCCAACCACAGGAGAGGCCUUGAUGCCAAGCGCUUAGCCGCGCUCCCUAAAGUUGCAGAAUUAAGAAAAAUCUUUGAACCAAAGAGGAAAGACUUUUUGGAAAUGAAAAGAAAAGAAAGAAUUGCUAGGCGCUUAGAAGGAAUAGAAAAUGACCCCCAGCCCAUCCUGCUGCAGAGCUGCACAGGGCUAGUGACUCAUCGGCUGCUGGAAGAAGACACACCCAGAUACAUGCGGGCCACGGACCCUUCGAGCCCUCACACUGGGCGAUCCAAUGAAGAGGAAGACACUCCUGAGUCCUCCCUAGAAAAGCAAACUCCUUCUAAAUACUGCACCGAAACCUCGAGCAUCCAUAGUUUGGGCUCCGUGGACACCCACAAUCUGGAGUCCAAAGCGGAAAGGAUCGCAAGAUACAAAGCAGAGAGGAGGCGGCAGCUGGCAGAAAAGUAUGGGCUGACCCUGGACCCCGAGGCCGACUCUGAAUACUCGUCUCGAUAUGCCAAGUCUCGGAAGGACCCAGAUGUGCCUGAGAGGCGAGGAAAAAGUGACAAGCAAGAAGAACAGAGCGUGGAUGCCAGUUCCAGGCACUCCAGGACAGAGUCAGGGCCCAGGACCAGCUUGGUGCUGUCCCAGGACUGUACCCCGUUGGGAAGCAACAUGUCUGACCAGGAGCUGCUGCUUAAUGUGGAGAACCAGAGAAGAGUCCAAGGUCCCCCACUAGGAGAAGACGGGUCCUCUGCCUCCUUUUCUGAGCGAAGAACCUCUUUCUCUGAAGUGCCCAGGUCUCCAAAGCAGAUACCCAGCUCACCGCUGCAACAGCCAGCCUCCCCAAGCCACCCCGGUGACCCACCAAUGCCCACAGAGGCCCGAGCCAGUAGCACAGGAAAGCCCAUGCAUGAGUGGUUUCUGCAGAGGGAUUCCGAAGGCGAUACACCGUCACUUAUCAACUGGCCCUCCAGAGUUAAAGUUAGAGAAAAAUUGGUGAAAGAGGAGAGUGCUCGAAGCAGCCCUGAACUCACCUCAGAGUCCUUAACUCAGAGGAGACAGCAGCCAGCACCAGCACAUUUCCUGCCUAUCCAGUCAGAAAGUUCCGCCUUUGAUAGGGUCACCAGCAAAGCAGUGAGUUCAUUACGGCCAAGCCGGAGUGGUGUCCUGCCAACUGAACCUGUUCACGCCAUCAAGGUGGUGACCAUGGACACCCCAGAAAGCACAUCUGAAUACAGCUGGGUGGGGUCAGCCACCCCAAAAGUUAUAAAAUCUACCACCUUGAAGAUUCUAGAAGGUGGGUCAAGGGAUGCUCCAGCACUCCAUAUUGGUGAGUCAAAAGCCGAAGAUGUGCUCUCUCCUGAACCUCUGGAGAGGAGCCCCAAAUCACUUUUGACCUCCGAAGAUGACAAGCUUGUGAGAGGCCACAAAGACCCCUCUGGUAAUAAAGAUUUAGAUAAGGCCAUCAUUCACUCUGUCGACGUAGAACCUGCGAGGGCGUGGCAAGUUCAGCACCCGCCCACUCAGAAAACUGGCCGGAGUGAAGUGCUUCUGUAUGUUCAGAGUGGUCCUGUGUCCCAAGAUGCCACACUGGCCAGUCAAGCCAAGGAGGCAUCUCCAAAGAAGCGCAAGGUUCUGGCCCGCUCACUGUCGGAUUACACAGGUCCCCCUCAGCUCCAGGCCCUCAGACACAAGGAUGCAGCCCCAAAGCAGGAGCUGGAGCUGCAGAGUUCCGGGGCAGAAGGGCCUGGUGCCGAAGCCGGCAUGCUGGACACCAGAGUCUCCGUCGCCCAGCUCCGAAAUGUAUUUAUGGAGUCGGUCAGAGCCAGCAAGAAACCUGAACUGUACCCUUCUGGUUCAGACAUGCCAAUGGUCGAGGAUGAAGGAAAGGUGGAUGAACGGGCCAAGCUGAGCGUUGCUGCGAAGAGGCUGCUUUUCAGGGAAAUGGAGAAAUCCUUUGAUGAACACAGCGUCCCGAAGAGACACUCGAGAAAUGCAGCCGUGGAACAGAGGCUGCGUCGCCUGCAGGACCGUUCACACACACAGCCCAUCACCACGGAGGAAGUGGCCAUUGCAGCCACGUUGCAGGCAUCCGCUCACCAGAAGGCUUUAGCCAGGGACCAGGCAAACGAGGCCAGAGAGUCUGCCGAACCAGGCGAACCUGACUCCUCCACUCUGAGCUUAGCAGAGAAGCUGGCCUUGUUUAACAGACUGUCCCAGCCAGUCUCCAAAGCCGUUUCCACCCGAAACAGGCUAGGCGUGCGGCAGAGGAGAAUGAACGCAAGGUAUCAGACUCAGCCGGUCACGCUGGGAGAGGUGGAGCAGGUGCAGAGUGGGAAGCUCAUCUCCUUCUCCCCCACCGUGAACACCUCUGUUUCUACCGUGGCCUCUGCGGUUGCCCCCACGUAUGCAGGGGACCUUCGGAAGUCAUCUGUUGACAACAGCACAAGUGCCACUGACUAUAAGUCUCCUUCUCCUGUGGAAACCUCAGACUCUCCCGUCAAAAGCAUUCUGAAACCACAAGCUUGGCGGCCUCUGGCCGAGCACAGUGGGAGCAAAGGAAUGCCGAGGGAGUCUGGAGAGACAGAAAGCAAGAAUGCUCUGCCUGUGGCUGCAGAAGACAGUGGCAUUCAAACACCAGGAGCCUUCGAGGAGGAAGCAGGGCCCUCCUACCGCGUCCUUGGCCGAGUCAGGGAGGGUGAUGGACAGAAGGAGCCCAGGCACACCAUCCUGAGGAGGGGAAGCUUAGAGCUAGCUAAUCCUUCUGCGGCACACCUUGGUGAUGAGCCGAAGGAAUUUUCCACUGCUAAAAGCAGUUUGCAAGAGAAUCUGGACCUGAAGGAGAAGCAGGCCUCGGAAGAGAACACAGAUGUGGAGAAUGUCAUGAGGAAGUUCUCACUCAAAGAGUUUGGAGAAGCUGCUUCUGAGCAGAUGGAGGAGGCGGCUGCCAGGAAAGCCCCUGUUCAGAUGUCAACCCCAGGGGCCCGGAAGCAGCAGGAGUCCUCCGAGCAGCUAGCCGAGAAGCUCUUCAAGAACCCUUGCGCCAUGUUUGCUUCUGGAGAGGUCAAAGUGCCAGUGGGCGACAGUAUCCUGGAUUCACCCAGCAAAACCAUGUCAAUCAAAGAAAGGCUGGCGCUGUUGAAGAAGAGCGGCGAGGAAGACUGGAAGAACAGGCUGAUCCGGAAGCAGGAAUACGGCAAAGCCACGGGCGGCCUGCACACACCGGAAGUGGAGCAGUCCCUGAAGAAAAAGGAAGAAGGAGGACUUACAGAUGAUAAUGCCAUUUCUAAUCUGCUUUGGAGAGUCACAGAAAGUCGAGAGAGCCAGAUGACAAUUGAGGAGAGGAAGCACCUCAUCACUGUGCGGGAGGAAGCGUGGAAGACGAAGGGCAGAGGUGCUGCCAACGACUCCACACAGUUCACCGUGGCAGGAAGAAUGGUGAAGAAAGGUCUGGCAUCACCCACAGCCAUAACUCCCAUCUCAUCCCCUCUCUGCAGUAAAUCAAGAGGCACUACCCCGGUUUCCAAACCCACGGAAGAUAUUGAAGCCAGACCAGACAUGCAGCUGGAAUCGGACCUCAAGCUGGACAGGCUGGAAACCUUCCUAAGGCGACUGAACAACAAAGUUGCUGGGAUGCAGGAAACGGUUCUCACGGUCACUGGCAAAUCUGUCAAGGAGGUGAUGAAGUUGGAUGAUGACGAAACCUUUGCCAAAUUCUACCGCAGCGUGGAUCACAACAUACCCAGAAGUCCUGUGGAGCUGGAGGAGGACUUCGAUGUCAUUUUUGACCCUUAUGCUCCCAAGUUGACAUCUUCCGUGGCAGAGCAUAAGCGCUCAGUCAGGCCCAAGCGCCGGGUCCAGGCUUCCAAGAACCCGCUCAAACUGCUGGCAGCAAGAGACGACCUCCUUCAGGAAUACACGGAGCAAAGGCUAAACAUUGCCUUCAUGGAGUCCAAGCGGAUGAAAGUGGAAAAGAUGUCAUCCAACUCCAACUUCUCAGAAGUGACUCUGGCAGGCCUGGCCAGCAGGGAGAACUUCAGCAGCAUCAACCUGAGGAGCGUCAACCUGAUGGAACAGAACUCCAACAACAGUGCCGUGCCCUACAAGAAGCUCAUGCUGUUGCAGAUUAAAGGAAGAAGACACGUGCAGACAAGGUUGGUGGAGCCCCGAGCCUCAUCCCUCAACAGUGGAGACUGCUUCCUUCUGCUCUCUCCUCAGUACUGCUUCCUGUGGGUGGGAGAGUUCUCCAACGUCAUCGAGAAAGCAAAGGCAUCUGAACUUGCAACGUUAAUUCAGACAAAGAGGGAGCUUGGUUGUAGAGCUACAUACAUCCAGACCAUUGAAGAAGGAAUUAACACGCAUACUCAUGCAGCCAAAGACUUCUGGAAGCUCUUGGGUGGCCAGACCAGUUACCAAUCUGCCGGAGACCCAAAGGAAGAUGAGCUGUAUGAGACAGCCAUCAUAGAGACGAACUGUGUCUACCGCCUGACAGAUGACAAACUCGUUCCCGAUGACGACUACUGGGGGAAGAUUCCCAAGUGUUCCCUUCUGCAGUCCAAAGAGGUCCUGGUGUUUGACUUUGGUAGUGAAGUUUAUGUGUGGCAUGGGAAGGAAGUCACGUUGGCACAACGGAAAAUAGCAUUCCAGCUGGCUAAGCACUUAUGGAACGGAACCUUUGACUAUGACAACUGUGACAUCAACCCCCUGGACCCCGGAGAGUGCAAUCCACUCAUUCCCAGGAAAGGACAAGGGCGGCCUGACUGGGCAAUAUUUGGAAGAGUUACGGAGCACAAUGAGACUAUUCUCUUCAAGGAGAAAUUUCUCGACUGGACAGAACUGAAAAGACCCACAGAGAAGAAUUCUGGGGAAGUCGUCCAGCAGAAGGAUGACCCGAGGGCUGACGUCAAGCCCUAUGAUGUGACACGGAUGGUGGCGGCACCCCAGAUGACAACCAGCACCAUCUUAGAUGGGGUGAACGUUGGCCGUGGCUAUGGCCUGGUGGAAGGAGACGACAGAAGGCAGAUUGAGAUUGCCACCGUCUCUGUGGAUGUGUGGCAUAUUCUGGAAUUUGACUACAGCAGGCUCCCCAGGCAGAGCAUCGGGCAGUUCCACGAGGGGGACGCCUAUGUGGUCAAGUGGAAGUACAUGGCGAGCACAGCAGUGGGAAGCCGACAGAAGGGAGAGCAUCCGGUGAGAGUGGCUGGCAAAGAGAAGUGUGUCUAUUUCUUCUGGCAAGGCAGGCACUCGACUGUGAGCGAGAAGGGAACGUCUGCUCUCAUGACAGUGGAACUUGACGAAGAGAGGGGGGCCCAGGUCCAGGUCCUGCAGGGGAAGGAGCCACCCUGCUUCCUUCAGUGUUUCCAGGGGGGUAUGGUGGUGCACUCAGGACGGAGGGAAGAGGAAGAAGAAAACGUGCAAAGUGAAUGGAGACUGUACUGUGUGCGAGGAGAGGUACCCAUGGAAGGGAACUUGCUGGAAGUAGCCUGUCACUGCAGCAGCCUGAGGUCCAGGACUUCCAUGGUCGUUCUGAACGUAAACAAGGCUCUCAUUUACCUGUGGCACGGAUGCAAAGCCCAAGGCCAUACGAAGGAGGUUGGAAGGACUGCGGCAAACAAGAUCAAGGAAGAGUGUCCCCUGGAAGCAGGCUUACACAGCAGCAGCAAUGUGACAAUACAUGAGUGUGACGAAGGAUCCGAGCCCCUGGGAUUCUGGGAUGCUCUGGGGAGGAGGGACCGCAAGGCCUACGACUGCAUGCUUCAAGAUCCUGGAAGUUUUAACUUCGCGCCCCGCCUGUUCAUCCUCAGCAGCUCCUCUGGAGACUUCUCUGCCACCGAGUUCGUGUACCCUGCGCGAGCGCCCUCUGCCGUCAGCUCCAUGCCUUUCCUGCAGGAGGAUCUGUACAGUGCGCCUCAGCCAGCUCUCUUCCUUGUUGACAACCAUCACGAGGUGUACCUCUGGCAAGGCUGGUGGCCCACCGAAAACAAGAUAACCGGCUCUGCCCGCAUUCGCUGGGCUUCAGACCGGAAGAGUGCCAUGGAGACAGUCCUGCAGUACUGCCGAGGAAAAAAUCUCAAAAGGCCGCCCCCCAAGUCUUACCUUAUCCAUGCCGGGCUAGAACCCCUGACGUUCACCAACAUGUUUCCCAGCUGGGAACACAGAGAAGACAUUGCCGAAAUCACAGAAAUGGACACCGAAGUUUCCAACCAGAUCACCCUGGUGGAAGAUGUCUUAGCCAAGCUCUGUAAAACCAUCUAUCCACUGGCAGAUCUGCUCGCCAGGCCACUCCCAGAGGGGGUAGACCCUCUAAAGCUUGAGAUUUAUCUCACAGAUGAAGACUUCGAGUUUGCACUCGACAUGACGAGAGAUGAAUUCAACGCACUGCCCACCUGGAAGCAGGUCAACCUGAAGAAGGCGAAGGGCCUGUUCUGAGGGUGAGGUGACGGAGCUGCGCAGAGCUCGCUGCCACCACACCAGAACACGGAUGCAGAUAUAUAUUUGGACUAGUAUUUUUUUUUCUGUCAAAGAAGAAAGUAUUUUUGAAUGAGAGUUUUUCAAAACCUGGUCUUAUUAACUCUACAGCUUGUCCUGAAGUCGAGCAUUCUAUAAAUGUACAGGAGAACACUUCGGUUGUUCUUUUCCACAGUUCAGGUGAACUGAAGAGCGUCUCUUCCGUUCCCCUCAGCCAAGUGCUGCCUCAGCGGCCGCUGCAGCCUCAACCUCCUGUCCCGGCUCAGCGUUGCCUUUUUUAAAGCGAUUCUCUUUAUAAAGUGUUAUUUUGAUAGUUUGUGAAUUCUAAAUAUAUAUAUAUAUAUAUAUUUAUAUAAACACAUAUAAAUCAACUAUGUAUUUAACAAAGCAAUACGUAUUCAUUCACUUGCAACUGUUUUCUUUGGUGUCAAAACAAUAUUACCAUUGUAAUAUAGGUAGAGGGCCAUGUCGCUUCUGUUGAGUUAAGCCUUCCACCAGUCUGCCCUGUGCUCGGAAGUGCCUCCUUCAGCCUUAGGUCUGGCUUGUGCUGAGUUCCGCUUCCGGUGCUAAAGCGAACAAAGACCUUGUACUCCUGGUGUGAACUCUGAAGAAUCUAUUUGAAUCAACCUUUCUACCUUAAUGUCUCCCCCCAGAAAUGUAUAGUGCCUUGUUUUAUGUACAGUUUAUAUACAGAAAAGUUUGCUCUGCUGUUUUGAUGCCAGUUUGGAACACUAUCAACAGUUUUAUUCUCAGUAGAAAUAAAAAACAUCUCAGUUUCUCAUACCCAUUGUAAACAUUACACGUGUCAUUUUGUGACACAGGAUCCCAAAAUAAAAUUUACAGUAAUCACAA